AACUCUCCUUGAUACCACUAGUAGGCAAUUGCUGCGCGUAAGCCAUGCACCCAAUUACCCCUCCACACUGUUACCUUGCGUGUCCUCCUCUCCUCUCUCCAUCUGGUCACCUCACCCCACCUCUCCCACCUUAUAAACACCCCUUCUCCCCUCCUUACAUACACACAUUCACUCUUUCUCUAUUCACCUCUUCACUCGCUCACUCACUUUUCUUUCUAAUGGCCAACCCUGGAGUGGAAAGAUUCCCUGAGUUCUACGAGAAGUGGACUGCCAAGCUUGAGGAUAUUCUCCAAAAGCUUAUGCAGGUGUCCAACCAGAGAACCGAGGUGGUCAAGACUCAGCAAGAGCUGCAAGCUUUGGUGUCAACAGUCACAACCCAUUUGAAGUUAUACUACACUACCAAAUGGGCUGCUGCACAUGGAAACGUUCUGAUUUUCUUUUCUCCGCCCUGGCUGAACCCUUUGGAGCAUGCUCAGCUUUGGUUGUCGGGGUGGAAGCCGUCCACGGUGUUCAGGCAGGUGGAGAAUCUGAAAAACAGGAAUGUUUUGGUGCUGACGGAGGAGCAGAAUAAGAAGAUAGAGGAGCUGAAGAUGAGGGUGAAGAUGGAGGAGGAGAAGGUGGAGAGGGAGAUGGAGAGGCAGCAGGUGGCCAUGGCGGACCGCAAGAUGGUGCAGUUGGCCAAAAUCACUGGCCGCGCAAGUGCCAAUGGUUCGGCGGGUGCUGUUGCCGAAGUGGCAGUGAAGGAGGUUGUUGAAGGGUUAGAGAAGGUCAUGAAGGCUUCCGAUUGCGUGAGGCUCAAGACACUCAAAGGGGUGUUGGAUUUGCUUAGUCCAAUGCAGAGUGUGGACUUCCUGGCUGCGAAUAUAACUACGCAGCUGCGAUUCAAGAAAUGGGGGACGAAGAAGAAGGACACCGCUGGGCCGGUGCUCAAUGUGAAUCAAGACAAGUGAAGUGUUAUCCAUCGAACUAGCUAUCCGAAGAAAGAAUAAGACUAAGGUGGGCUUCUCCUUUAGGGUUCUCCUUUAGGGUUGGUUAGUUAGUUAAUUUCCUCAUCGUUGAAACAAAAAAAAUGUUGUUGUCUAGUUUGUGCUUGCUAGUACUCUUGUAUUUGCAGCAAAGUUGUUUUCUUUUCAGUGUUGUAAGAAAAAAG